AUGAUUGGCGACUUGCACGGAUCUGUGGGCACGAGCAAACCGCUACCAGGCGGUGAUGUCUCGCGGGCAGGUACAAUAUUACGGAAACCAUUCGAGUCAUAUCACCAGCACAAAGAGAGUGUAUCAACAUCUCCAUCGACCUCAGCGGAUUCGUCUCCUACCACAUCCGCAUCCAUCAUCGACGACUCUUCGGCGACAGAGAUGUCUCCAGGUUCCUCACCCGAGUCGCCGUUAGGGAAGCCCUACCCUUCUUCAUUCGGCAUGACUAGACCGCAUACUUCAGACAAUGCUAUGAUGCACUCAUCGCAACCCUUCUUCGAGUUGCAACGAUCUGCCACCCCUGGCAGAAAAGGAAGAAACCUCAAGAAUCUCGCCGUCAAUACAUCGGGCGCUUUCGUCAUGUCCAGAGCCGCGUCCACCACGUCUCUGCCCAUGUCAUCAUCACUUCAGGGAACCGCGAGCUCAGACAGCCUUAGCCAAUCCUUCUCCAAGCCUCCUAGUCUUACAAAGCGACGCUCUAGCAAGACCCUCGGCUUGACGAUCCUAACACCAGCCAACACCAAGGCACUGCCUCAAAACGGACGCGGCGUUGUGCCUCCGACUCCAUCAUUUGCUCGCCCCAGUGUGCUUCGUCACUUUCAGUCAUCACCCUCUCUGCCCCUACACAUCGCUGAGGAGAUUCGCGAAGAGCCAAUCUCAGGUACACAACAAGGACAGAAAGAGUUUGCAUUGCCUCUACAUAUGCGCGAACCCCUCAAAACCAACGACUCAGAUCAAAACUUCGACGUACCCCAAUCAAAAGAGGAGAAACCUGAAGCGUAUCCUGACGGACCCAUUUGUGUUUAUGGCCGUUACCUGGAUCUUUACCUUGAACCAACAGCUGCACAGGCUUCCCGCUACGAUGUCAUCCUGAAUGUCGCUAGCGAAGUUAAGAAUCCUUUCGAUUUCGCAACCUUUCAACCUUCUGGUCCAGAAUUGCGUCUCGAUGGUGGAGGCGGUAUUCAGUACGCCCCAAAGCGCAAUCAUCUGAUCUCCCAGAAUGGCUUUGGUCGAGAGAAUCUGAGUCCAGUAAUCGAGUCGUCACCAACUACACCCAAGGCAAACCCAUUCAUGAAAGACAUCACUUCUGCGCCUCAGCCGAAAAAGUCCACGAAACUGGAGCCGGAGUAUAUUCAUAUCCCUUGGGAGCACAAUACCGACAUUGUUCCUGACCUCGUCCGCCUAGUAAAGGUCAUCGACGAACGCAUCCAGCUUGGAAAACGUGUUCUGAUCCAUUGUCAAUGCGGAGUGAGCAGAUCGGCGACACUGGUUGUGGCCUACGUUCUGUAUAAAAACCCCUCGAUGAGCGUUCAAGAAGCAUACGAUGAUGUGAAGAAGCGAAGCAGGUGGAUCGGACCCAACAUGAACUUGAUCAUGCAGCUGCAGGAGUUCCGAUCAACCUUACAAAGGCCUCAGAGCAGGUUUGGUAACACUCGUGGUCUGAGUCCUAACUCGCCUCCAUUUGGUUUCACCGAAACGGGACGUCCGGCAUCCUACGACGGCAGCAGUGUGCCUGGAAUCAAAUCACCAAAGACUGCUCCUCUCCCACCGGAUACGGCACAGUCAAAGCUUUUGCGCAAUCCCGAUCUUCUGGCCGUCAGCCCAGGCCCUUCUUCAGCGCCCUCAGGCCUCACUUGGCCAUCAGACGACACUGCAACCGUAUCUAAGAAGCCGGAAGAACUUGCCCGUAGCGAAGCAGCGUACGUGGACCCAAAUGGUCGCACGGUACCCGUCGUACAAAUCUCAGAAGACCAUCCCAUUCUCGAACCCAAAGUCACGAAAGAGUUGAAAGACCGACCAAAGUCACUGAACCUUGAAUCACAUAUCAGGCAGGAUUCUGGAAGACACAUCACUCCCAUGGUGUCCCCAAGAGCCACUGAGUUUGCGAUGGCGCCACUCAGACCUUCAAAAGAGGCCGACUCGGCUGAUCAAUUUGGCUUGAUGUCUCCACGCGCUUCAGAAUUCUCGCAGUCUCCAUUCGACCGCGAGUCAUUGCUUGGUGCAUUAGGCAUGGGUCCAGCAGUAUUACCACACCUCAGACCUCAGCGUCUUGCCCCAAAGGCGCCCAAGUCACAGAAGAAGGUACCCAAGAAUCUUACUCUACGACCUAAGAUCAGCGCACCUAGCUUGAGCGAGCAACGAGAGCUGCAAAACAUGCAAUCGAAGCUCGAGGCUGAGUUGACGCAUGACGAGCCGGAUUUCAUGGACGCUUUGGCAUCACCACGUGCUUUCGAAUUUACGCAAAACCCCUUCGCCAAUCUUCCUGGAGAGCCUGACGUGGAGAGGUCUACCACUGCCGCCGUCAACGGGAGAGAGGAUCCGCGCAGCCCGCCACAAAAGGGAGCUUUCCCAAUCCAGCGCAACAUCUUCGAUGUGCUGUAG